GUCAAAACAAGUGAUGACGUUUGUUCUGAUGUGAGCGUAAACAACUUUCUUGUUGAUGUGCAAAUGUCAGAGGAAUACAUGUAAGCUAUGUUGGAUAUGACAGUGGAUGUCCAGAAGAGUUGUAAUCGUAUGUUAAGUGAAAUACUGUAAUUUUGCCCUUCGUGGUAUUGCAACGCUGUUGUAACGAAUGAAAUCGGUGAUUACGAUAAAGUAUCUACGAUGGCCUGUUUUCUAUUGAACGGUUGCAAAACAACUGUAAAGAUCCCGUAUGUUGAGCAGACAGAGAAUUACACUGUUUACCACAUUAAUAUCAAAGUAGGGGACAUUGAGUGGAAAGUUCAACACAGAUACAACGAUUUUGUGGAAUUGCAUGAAAAGCUUGUUACUGACAACGGGGUAGCGAAGGACAUUUUGCCACCGAAGAAAGUAAUUGGGAAUAGAGACCCAGCUUUUAUAGAAAAGAGGAGAGAUGGCCUAGAGAAGUACUUGACAACAGUUAUUCAUUUUCUACAGAAAGCAAUGCCCAGGGAACUUGCGUUGUUUCUUGAUUUUCAUCUUUAUGACAUUUUAUUUCUUCUCCAGAACAUGGCCUUACAGUUUUUCAUUGAAGGAGACACAUUACUGCAGAAUUCGAGGCAUUACACCUUCUCACCUUUACAGCUCUUUGCCAUCAGCGAAAGACUAAAGCAACCAAGACCCGCACCAGAGCUGUUGGAUAGGCGUCUGGAUUUCAGCCAUGUGCUGGAUUUCUGCAGCCAGUUGACAAGCAUUAAAGUACUUGGAUCACGUGCAGCUGUUGGAACAAGCAACAUAGUGCCCAGUAGCCUGCCAUUUGAGCUGUCUGUUUUCCGUUCAUUAGAAUCUCUUGAACUGGCAGAGGUACCACCAACAAAUGUGUAUGGACUUGGUGCUCUGAGAUCAUCUCUGGAAAAUCUGUCGGUGAAUUUUUCAGGACUGGAAACUCUCUCCUAUGCACUCCUUUGUGAUCAGUUGCACCGAGAUCCAUCUGAUGCCCGUGAUGAUCAGCAUGCGUGGAAGGCUGUAAAUAGUGCUAAUUUUAGCCAUAACCUCCUCACUUGUGUGGAUGAGUCUGUACGGUUGCUGCCAGCCCUGGAAAAAUUGAAUCUUAGUCAUAACAGGAUCACAGAUGUAAACAAUCUCACAUUGCUGCCUCGCCUUUCUCAUCUUGAUUUGUCUGUCAACCAGUUAUCUGAAACAGGUCCACUGCACAUGAAAGUUGGGAACAUUGUUCAGCUAAACUUGUCACAGAACUGCAUUUCUUCAUUGACUGGUUUCUCACGUUUGUACUCCCUUGAGGACCUUGACUUGUCGGACAACAGAAUUGAACAUAUCCAUGAGAUAUCUCACAUAUGUGCACUUCCAUGUCUCGAGAAUCUUGUGCUGAUAGGCAAUCCUGUAUCUAUAGAGGUAGACUACCGAGUUCGGGUGUUCGAGCAGUUUGGUAGCCGAGCGUGUGAAUUGUGCCUUGAUAAUGAGAAAGCAACAUCAAAGGAAUUGGAUACAGCUGCAGUAUUACAAGCUCUGCGGAUUGUGAAAGAGGGACGCACACCAACACUCUGCAUCAGAGAGUUACCUUGUUUCCCAAAUUCUCCAUAGUGAUUCAGACAGUAUGAUGCAGAAUUUUAUUGGAAAAAGGUUCCGCAUUCAGAACAUACCAGUGCUUGCUGCUCAUCACAGUUGUUACAAUUUAAAAUUUAUAUUUUCUGUAUUGGUUGAAGGCAGCAACAGCGAUACAGUACUGUAAGCUUUUCACAUUCAAGUUGUUGGAUCAGAUGUUGGUGACAUACUGUUUCUGGUUCAUAGAACAAGUGGUGUUGUUGCAUUGUGUUUCAUUCAAUUUUAUGGGAAAAAGGUACUGUGUGAAUAUCAGGAUAUCAUGUGAUUAAAUUACACAAGCCAUGAAAGGCAAAUAAUUUCCAUUAGCACAAAAAUCACAAAAUAUGUCUUACAAUUAAUGGUGAACCACUGUGAAACCACUUACAUUGUAGUUAGAGUUGCAAGUGAGUAGGACACACAAAAGAGGAAGAGAUAACUGUAACUUUGGAAUUCACUUUUCAGUUGUUUUGUAUUAAAUGUCAAGAUUAUAAGGGCACAUUUUGUAGCCAGUAAUCCUACAUAAUUUUGUACAUUAUAUCAAUUAUUUGAUUAUGUUGGAAUAAUACAGAAAGGUGUCUUUCAUUAUCAUGGAAUUUGAAAAUAGGCUGGGAAGUACUAAGGCUACAAUGACAAUCAUCUCUGUCCCAGCACUCAUUUGCACUUUACCUUCAGUGUGAGUAAUGGUGUAAUGUUUUCUUUUAGUAAGUAACUUUUAUAAAUAAUGAGGCCAGUUUUAAUGUUUAGAACCAACAGAGCGUUAUAUUUUGCCGAAUGUUAUGUGCUUCUGUGUUUAUAUUGCGAUGAAUGAAUGUAUGCUUACAUAUGUUUAUAAAAUUUUGUACAUUGAUACAAAACUUACAGCUUUGCUAUGUGAUCUGUGUAUCAAAUUAAAUAUACAGUAAGUUUGGAAAAUCAAA